GGUCCAAUCGAGUAGUUCAAUAUAUUUUAGAUAAAUUCUGAUGUCACCUUAAAAUUUAAGUUAGACAUAAUUCAACCUACAAAACUGACUUGUUAAACUAGAAAUAUCUCUCAUUUAUAAAUACAUUCUCAAUAAUAUAUCUUUACAUAGCUAACCUUGUCUGAGAAACAAUUUUUUCCAUGAACAUAUGACCUAACCUUUUUAAGGCCAUCCCAUAUCUCACAUUCACAACUUUGCAUUGCUCAUGGCACUAAACAAGUUCUACAAGCUUGGAUAUCAAGCUCUCCCACCUAUCAUAACUCAGUCUACUACACUUCAUCACCCUCCACAACCUGACUAUGAUUUUCCCAUAUUUGCCAUUGUUGUUCUAAGCAUCAUGGCCACCAUUUUGUUGCUCCUCAUCUACUUCACUUUUUUAACCAAAUUCUGCUCAAAUUGGAAUCAAGUUAACCCAAACAGAUGGAUAUCGGUCCUGCGAGCUCGACAGAACGACGACGAUGAUCGCUUCAUAGCAUUGUCUCCUACCUCGUGGAACCGAGGACUAGACGAAUCGGUCAUCCGAGACAUCCCAAGUUUUCAGUUCAUAAAAGGAGAAUGUGAAGAUCAAACUGUGUUAUAUGGUUGUGUGGUUUGUUUGACAGAGUUUCAAGAACAGGAUGUGCUGAAAAUUCUCCCAAAUUGUAACCAUGCUUUUCACUUGGAUUGCAUUGAUGUUUGGCUUCAAACCAAUUCUAAUUGUCCUCUUUGUAGAUCAAGCAUUUCAGGCAGCACAACAAACACUACAUUUGAUCAUAUCAUAGCUCCAAGUUCUUCUCCUCAGAAUUCUCAGUUAAACUCUAACAUGGAUAGUGAUGAAGAUUUUGUGGUCAUUGAAUUAGGUGGAGGAGAAAAUGAGGUUCAACAUGAAAGAAAUUACUCAAGAGGAAGCUUAGCACAUAGUAGAAGUCAUUCUACUAUGAAGAAUGGAGAAAUGAAACCAAGGAAGUGUCACCAUGUUUCCAUCAUGGGAGAUGAGUGUAUUGAUAUAAUCAGAAAGAAAGAUGAUUUGUUUUCUAUUCAGCCGAUUCGACGAUCUUUCUCGAUGGAUUCGGCAAAUGAUAGACAAGUUUUCAUGGAUGUUCAAGCUUUUAUUAUACAACAACAAAAUGGUCAUAGCCAGAAUGAGGCUAGUGCAAGUGAGGAUUGUAAUAGCAGAAGUAGAAGAGCAUUCUUUCCAUUUUGUUAUGGAAAAGGAUCCAAAAAUGCAGUUCUUCCCUUUGGAGAAUGAUGUUUAAUGUAGUGAUAGACAGCAGAUGCAAAUGCAGAAUGUAGAGGAACUUCUGCUAAUGAUAGUAACUCAAUGACUAUCUAGCAACGACACUUCAUAUUGAAUUAGGAUUAUCAGCUGCUUAAUACAUGUGAGCACGUGUAGUUAUUUUCAAUUACUUUCAUUAAUUUUUCAAAUUAUUACUAAUGUCAGCGUGCAUGUAUCAGUAUUGUGAGGUGUAUGUGUUUAUAUUUCAUAACUUAGUAAGAGGCUGACAUAAUAAUUAUUGUUAGAAAAAAUGUUUUUAAACUUUAGUACCUUGCUUGAAUUACAAGGUGUGGGUCUUUCCCUUUGUGAAGUUUUGUUUUUUACUCAGAAAUGAAUGUAAAUGAUUGUGAAUGAUUGUGAGCACAUUAUCUUUUUUUACUA